GUUGUCCGUUUGGUCUUGCCCAGAAGAGCGACGCAUAAGCCGCCAUUUUAGCUACUGUGAUGUGCACAUAACGGACAAGAAACGCAGUGUUUAAAGUGAAAAUUCUACAAUAAUCACGUCGUAUAUGCGAUCACAAGAGGAGGCAAAACGAGUCCUCUGAAAGUAUACGCCAAGCAGAGAAAGGGGCGGAAGAUGGCGGUCGACAGGCGAGAUGAGAAAGAUGGAGAACUGAACGUCCUGGAUGACAUUCUCACUGAAGCACCUGACCAAGAUGAUGAGCUCUACAAUCCUGAGAGCGAACAUGAUGCCAAUGAGAAAAAAGGGUCCAAGAGGAAGGGCGAUCGAGGGGAUACCCUGGAGAGCAAGAGGCUCCGCUCUACCGGCCACACACCCCGACAGGCCAUCACACGCUCCCUGCCCUCCGCAAGGGCCAACGGCAAGAAGCUGCUGAACACGAGGAGCCGACACUCCGAAUACCACUACGACCGGGGAGAGGAGCGGAAGAGCCACAGAGCGGGGGCCUCCAGGGGGGACCCCCCCAAGUCACACAGCGAGAAGCCCCUGUCCCGCCGGAGAGAGCCUGACCGCAGGGCCAAGCCCCUCCUGCCGGGCCUGUCUGAGAAGCUGCGGCACACCAGUGAGGAGAGUGUGGGCCGGAUGAGCCACUCCUCCAAGGAAGAGCCCAACUCAGAAUACGCCUCAGACCAGGAGACCGGCAGCUCGGCUGAGUCCUCGGAGGGCCACCGCUCCGACCUGGAGGAAGAGGAGGUCAUGGACGAUGAGGAAGAGGAAGGAGAAAAGGGUGAGGAAGAGGAGGAUGAGGAGGAAGAGGAUGAGGAAGGGGAGGAGGAAGAGUAUGAGCUGGAGGAAGGAGACCAGCGGGAGGGAAACGAGCAGAAUGACUACGACACUCGGAGCGAAGCCAGCGAUUCCCAGUCCGAGUCUGUGUCCUUCUCCGAGGGGGAGUCUGUGCGCUCUGGAUCGGGAUCCGAGGCCUCAGGCUCUGAGAAAAAGCAUGAGAAACUUCCUUCCUCAGUUCGAGCCGUUCGCAAAGAUCAGACAAGCAAGCUGAAGUACAUACUGAGGGACGCCAGGUUUUUUCUCAUUAAGAGCAAUAACCACGAGAACGUCUCCCUGGCCAAAGCAAAGGGAGUUUGGUCCACGCUGCCAGUGAACGAGAAGAAGCUGAACGACGCUUUCCGCUCUUCCAGGAGCGUCAUCCUGAUCUUCUCUGUUAGGGAAAGCGGGAAGUUUCAAGGUUUCGCACGGCUCUCCUCCGAAUCACACCACGGAGGGUCUCCCAUCCACUGGGUCCUGCCAGCCGGGAUGAAUGCCAAAAUGCUGGGAGGAGUUUUCAAAAUUGACUGGAUUUGCAGGCGGGAGCUGCCCUUCACCAAGACCGCUCAUCUCUCCAACCCCUGGAACGAACACAAGCCUGUGAAGAUCGGCCGGGAUGGACAGGAGAUCGAGGCAGACUGUGGCACGCAGCUGUGCCUGCUCUUCCCCGCUGAUGAGAGCAUCGACCUUUAUCAGCUGAUUCACAAAAUGCGGCACAAGAGGAGGAGCCUGCACUCGGAGCCCCGCCCCCGAGGCCGCGCCCCCCACAGGGAGCCGGCCCGCGACCCGGGAAGGCGUCGUCCAGAAGAAUAUGACAUGCACAACAGGAAACGCCCGAGGAUUGACUAUCCACCAGAAUUCCCUCAAAGACCAGGUUUCAUGCAGGACCCUCGUAAUCAGCCUGUUGACAGACGGUUUUCUGGAGUGAGAAGGGACGUAUUCCUCAAUGGGUCCUAUAAUGAUUACAUGAGGGAAUUCCAUCAUAACAUUGGGCCUCCACCUCCAUGGCAAGGAAUGGCUCCGUACCCUGGCAUGGAGCAGCCCCCGCACCAUCCGUACUACCAGCACCACCCCCCCCCACCACAGGCCCACCCCCCCUACUCUGGCCACCACCCCGUCCCCCACGACGCCCGCUUCAGAGAGAAGCGCGUGGUCCGCUCCUUCUCCUCCAGCCUGCAUGACUAUGACAUGCGGGUGGAUGACUUCCUGCGGCGCACGCAGGCGGUGGUGAGCGGCCGCCGCAGCCGCCCGCGGGAGAGAGACCGGCAGAGGGAGAGAGACCGCCCCAGAGACGCGCGCCGUGACCGCGAGAGAGACCGGGGCCGCGACCGAGACAGGGACAGGAUCCGAGAUCGGGAGCGCGAGAAGGAGAGGGGCAGAUAUCGGAGAUAGACGGCGCUCUACGGGAAUGUUGUUUGUGGUAAUUGAACUUGUAAGCUCUUUUUUAUUUUAAACUGAACUGUACCUUCUGCGCAAAUUGUGCCCUUUUUUACACUGUUGUCUUUUGAGAGCCUAAAGCCCCUGUGUAUCAUGCAUGCAGUGUAUCAAAACUGGAUGAAAACAACCAAAAAUGCAUAUUUCGUUUUAAUUUUUAUUAUUGGAAGGAAAUUCUGUUUGCUGGAUGGAAUUCAAAAUAUGUUUUUUUUUUUAGUUCUGUACACAUUCACCUGUUCCUUGCCUUUAAUGUUAUCAAGUCUGUAGUUGUUGGAAAGAAGGGUUUCAGCCCUCCUGCCACUGUGUCUGUAUUGUACGUAUUGCACAUGGUUCAAUGAAGAUAUUGCUACUAAAGUGUAUGCAGUUGUACUGAAGCAAGUAUGUUUUUUUAUAUACUUUUUGUCUCAAGCCAUGUAUAUCCUAGUAUUUGAGUGACAAGCAAUAUUGACAUUUUCCUUUCUUUUGUCUCAAGUCAAACCAAGGCUCAGAUGAGUGCUGUAUCUGUACAGUGACUUGCAAUCUAAAGACGUUUGUUGUUUAAAAAGACUAGCUGUGUCUUUUAGUGAUACUUUUGUAUAAAAAGCAAACAAUAAAACAAAAGAAAGUC